AUGGUGACAAAGCUCACUAGGAAAGAGGUCGCCGACCAUAAUUCCAGUAAGUCGUCGUGGUUUGUGAUAGGGAACAAGGUCUACGAUGUCACAAAAUUCCUCGAAGAGCACCCUGGUGGCUGCGAGGUGCUUUUGGAAGUCGCCGGUCGGGAUGCCACUGAAGCUUUCGAGGACGUCGGUCAUUCCACAGAUGCUCGCGAAAUGAGGGAGCAAUAUCUUGUUGGAGAUAUCGUUGAGGAGGAGAAACAGAAAUAUUCAUACGAUAAGAAGGAAUGGGUCACUAGUCCCACCGAUAAUAAGCAAAGGAAUUCAAAUCCUUGGGCCGCGUUGGACACGUACAUCUAUCCAGCUCUAUUCGCUAUCGUCUUCGCCCUUAUCUACUAUCUUAUCACGAAUUAG